AUGAUGAGGAAGUUUGUAAUCAAUCUUAAUGGCUCUUUACUGCUCCAAGGUCUAAGUAUCCGCGGGGCUCAGGAGGAGGACCCGCCGGAUCCACAGCUGAUGCGUCUUGACAACAUGCUUCUGGCAGAGGGCGUGUCGGGACCGGAGAAGGGCGGAGGAUCGGCGGCGGCGGCAGCGGCAGCAGCAGCAGCCGGCAGUCUAAGUAUCCGCGGGGCUCAGGAGGAGGACCCGCCGGAUCCACAGCUGAUGCGUCUUGACAACAUGCUUCUGGCAGAGGGCGUGUCGGGACCGGAGAAGGGCGGAGGAUCGGCGGCGGCGGCAGCGGCAGCAGCAGCAGCCGGCAGUCCCGCUGACAACUCCAUCGAGCACUCUGACUACAGGGCCAAACUCUCCCAGAUCAGACAGAUCUACCAUACCGAGCUGGAGAAAUAUGAGCAGGCAUGUAACGAGUUCACUACCCACGUCAUGAAUUUGUUGAGGGAGCAGUCUCGCACACGGCCCAUCUCGCCUAAAGAGAUCGAGCGCAUGGUCAGCAUCAUCCAUCGCAAAUUCAGCUCCAUCCAAAUGCAGCUUAAACAGAGCACCUGUGAGGCCGUCAUGAUCUUGAGGUCCCGCUUCCUCGAUGCCAGACGGAAACGGCGGAACUUCAGCAAGCAGGCAACCGAGAUCCUGAAUGAGUAUUUUUACUCACAUCUUAGUAACCCUUACCCCAGCGAAGAGGCCAAAGAGGAGCUGGCUAAGAAGUGCAGCAUAACAGUAUCCCAGGGGGUGGGAACCACCAUCACAGUGGCACAGGUAUCCAACUGGUUCGGCAACAAGAGGAUCCGCUACAAAAAAAACAUUGGCAAGUUCCAAGAGGAGGCCAACCUGUAUGCCGCUAAGACAGCCGUGACUGCCGCGCACGCAGUAGCUGCCGCCGUCCAGAAUAGUCAGACCAACUCACCCACCACACCCAACUCCGGAUUCCAGAUGAAAGAUGAAGAAUUUCAGCUGGACUCUGCAGAGAACAAAAACACUCUAUUAACCAACAUGUUCACUGGUGGAUACCCUGCGCCAUGUUAUCAGUCAGACGGCAGGAUACAAUGAUGCCCUGGGGGGGAAUCCCAUGUAUAGUCCACAUGGCUUGAAUGGUAAUGGGGGAUGGCAUGAUGCUACGACUCCAUCCUCUGUGAUCUCCCCUACAGAAGGCCCUGGUAGUGUGCACUCUGAUACCUCGAACUGAUCUCCUCGUUGACAUGGCCCCUUCCCAAGCUGUGGACAACCAAUCACAGAAUUACAAAACCACAGACUGACCAAUCAGAGACACAGAAUAGACUCUCACAGAUAAUCCAGAAACAUCCUCAUGGAAUCAUCCACAGUACUUUUCCACAGUGUUUUGGAAGCUGGACAUUUCUUAGCCGUAACUUCAGUCCACUGCAGUUUUUACUAACAAGCUCUCCUCCAAUCAUAUUAAACCAGUAUGUUUUGUUUCUUUUAUCAUUUGAAGUGUACAAGCUCAAAAUGUAUGUGAGUUAUUAGGGUUUUUCCUCUUCUUUUGAAUUUAUUACCGGUCAUAACCCCUUUCCAUUGUUCUAACCAACUGUUGGCAAAGCUUUAGUGCAGGAAUACAACUGAUACAAAAGUAUAUUCAUAUGAUGCUAACCGAUGCAUUUAACAGGGCUAAAUGCUACAGAAGGCAGCUUGGGGACUUCAUUGCUGAUAUUUUUUUUAGUUUUUAUUAAUAUCACACCUAGCAAUGACUUAAACAAGACCACCUAUGGAAGGCAAUCCACUCCAUUUUGGGGGGUGAUUUUUUGAAAUACCUGGCAAUUAAUGUCUUUUU